UGAGACUGGUGCUGAUUUCAUCGCUGGCCAGUUACUGAUGAGCUCGCUGCCUCCGUAAGGAUGUGGCAUAUAUAGUAAAUGGUAGAUUAUACCGUGAGCGUGGGAGUCAGGAAGCAGAGAAUUGUUGAUCCGUACCUUGAAUGCUAACUAGCUUCCUUGGUUAGCCCAUGCGAGUGAUUUUUUGAAGGAUAACCGUUAGCUAGAACCACAGACCGUGUCAAACAAGCGAAAGUUGGAGGCAGACUGAACGCUGUCAGUCGGGAGAGAACCAAGCGAGUGGCAUGGCAGCUCCCCGGCCCAUUAAAGGCAUUUUAAAGAACAAAACCAGCGGGACAACCGCCAAAAAAGACCCGGAGCUGCCGGUGGAGAAGCGGGAGCAAAAAGCGGCACUCGGGGAGCUGGAAGAUGAUCAGCAAAAGAAGUCGCAGAAAUGGGACGAGAUGAACAUCCUGGCCACGUACCACCCCGCGGAUAAGGACUACGGCCUGAUGAAGAUCGACGAGCCCAGCACUCCGUACAACAGGAUGGUGGGGGAAGAGGACGGAGAAGGACUGAGCGACUCGGAGACCAGCGCCGUGCUCACAGAGGACGACCUCGCCGAGAAGCUGGCGACUGCAGAGGCGGUGGAAUCUCGCUUCAUGGCCGAGGUAGAGGAGGAGAGCAGCGAGGAGGAAGAGGAAGAGCUUAGCCCUGAGGAGCAAGCCAAGAAGAAGCAGUUUGAGAUGAUGAGGAAAAUGCACUACAACGAGGGCAUGAACAUUAAACUGGCGCGACAGCUCAUCGCCAGCGAGCUCGCCGAGGAAGAGGACGACGAAGACGCCGAGAUGAAGGACGAUACAGAGGCUGAAGAGAUCAGCGUUGACCCCCCUCAUGAUGCGCCCUCCUUGGACUCCUAGAAUGCGGCUCCGCCCCCUUCUCCCUUUGACUUGGUUCCUGUGACAUCAAAUCAAUAUCAGACAGAGGUCAAACGGAACACUGCCACUCGACCCCCGUCACCCCACGUCUGUUUUUAACCCGCAAACCCCGCGAAGCGAAGCCUGUCGAACCACCGCUCGUCUCUUCUGUUGCCAAGAGUCUUACUGUCGUCUCACUGAAGGGGAGGGGGGGCACUGGAGGCUGUUCACAAGGACUGUUGUCUGCAGCAGAGCCGGUCCUGCUUCUCCCACACCCCCGCCCCCCCCACGCUGAGACUGUGGGGGGGAGGGGGGUGGACGUGUGUUUUCACUUUAUUUUAAAGUUCCCUUCAUUUUCUCCCCCCCUUGCCUUGAUAUUGUUUCCUCAUUUUUUUUUCUUCUCUUGUGACUUUUCGUUCACUGGGUAACUGUGUGAUCGUGAAAAGACCCGUUUGAAAUGUCAGUGUACCCAGCCUCUGGGCAGACUGGUUAUAGGUGAUUGGCCACAAGAUUUGCUGUGGUUAAAGGUGAUUGGCCACAAGAUUUGCUGUGGUUAAAAGUGAUUGGCCACAAGAUUUGCUGUGGUUAAAGGUGAUUGGCCACAAGAUUUGCUGUGGUUAAAGGUGAUUGGCUGUGAGCUUUUGGCCUGGUUUUUUGGACUGCCUUUUAAAUAAUUUCAGAAUCUUUGUCAGAUGCUCUUCCUUUCUCUUGCUUUUUUGUUAGAAUCCCAUCCUCGCUGUGUAAUGUCAUGCUUAGGGGUGGGUUAUUUAUUAAAGUGAGGCGUGUGUGGGCUUGUGCUGCUCGGUCCCGUGCUCAUUGACUGAGUCUCAUUCAUGAUUGUUACAAGCAAAGUGCACUGUAGCUGCAGAGAGGAAAAAUAAAACCAUAGCGUCUCCACUGCUGUUUUCAUUGGCUCAAGCUGUGGUUUUUGUAAUGUUUAUCUUUUGGUUAUGAAAAUAGCUCUCUUGUUUCAAUGUAUGGGCUUGAGCACAAGUUUUUAUUUUUAUUUCUUUCUUUAACCACUUGAGCCAAUUGAAACUGUUGUGUGGAAACUCGGUAAUAUGCAAAAUGGGCGAAGAGUGAUCACGUGACCAAAGCGAUCAUGUGACCACUCUCCCCAGUAUUGGCCCAAGUGGCACUGAUGUCACUUAAAUCAGCCUUUAGAUUUUAAGGGGCGUGCAAUAACACCUCUCACACAAAAAACAAAAAAAAAAAAAACCUUUGAACUACUGACAAGUGGAACUUCAGUCUGUGGUGUGUGUAAA